AAAAAACAGCAAAAACAAAAAAGAAUACCCAUCAGCACCUCCAUCUCUCUUGUCUCUUUGCUUUGCCUUGCUUUGCUUUCUGUCCAAGCUCCUUAGUUUCCUUUUUCACUUUCACACUUCUCGUCUCCACUGAUAUUUACUUCGAAAGUUCUCUGUUUGUACUUGUUUUUUUCCCUGCUCUUCAAUCACCCAGAGAACCUAAAAUAAGAAAACUAGCAGUGUUUUCAUCAAAAUCAAUAGUGCAAGUAUUUCUAGCUCAAUCAUUUUUGGUAGGAAAACCCCUUUUAGUUAUCCAGCCUAAAUAAUAGUGUAAUAUAUUGUUUGAGUUUUAUUGUCACAGCUGGUUUGAUAUUGGUCUGAUACUGGUUUCCAUAAUUGAGCAUUUUUUUGUGAUUUGAUUUUAAGUUUUCCUUAUUAAGUUGGCUAGUUGGCUAGUUUGGUAGCAUUAGUUUUUAAACCCCCUAUAGAUGUUUUCUUAGGUCAUUCAUGGGGUCUCUAGGAAGCCCAAAAACCUGGGUACCAUACCUGAACAGCAAAGACUGUUCUCAAGGCUUCUGUAGUUUGUACUGCCCACAAUGGUGUUACAUGAACAGCCCUCCUCCGCCCCCUUUGGAUUUCCCAGACGACAGCCAUUCAUCUCCAAAUUUCUCCCCUCUUGUCGUAGCCAUCAUUGGAAUUUUGGUCAGUGCUUUCCUACUGGUGAGCUAUUACACCUUAAUCUCCAAGUACUGUGGUAACAUGGAUCAAGCUGGUGCAGGAGGAAGAAGAUUCGGAGAAGAAGAUAACGCAGAUGAUGAUUUUGAAGAAACUCACAACCCUUCAGACCACGAGCCGUGGCAUGUGGUGACCAAUGGCUUAGACGAAGCUCUGAUCAAAUCCAUCACUGUUUGCAAGUUCAAGAAAGGAGAUGGCUUAAUCGAAGGAACCGAUUGCUCUGUUUGUCUAAGCGAGUUUCAAGAAGACGAGAGCAUUAGAUUAUUGCCCAAAUGCAGUCACGCGUUUCAUAUUCACUGUAUUGACACUUGGCUCAGAUCACACUCGAACUGUCCUUUAUGUCGCGCGCAAGUUGUUUGCGUAAAUGCCUCAACGACUACGGCGCAGCUCCCUCCAACGACAGAAACCUCCUCCAGCAGUGAAACAAUGGAAGAGAACCCUCAUCGUGAAAACGAAAAUGGAGUUCUGGGUCAUGGUCAGAACUCGGAAAGAUCAUCUGGGAAUGAAGAAGUCGAGCGCGGUAAUGGCGUUUACGUGCGAAAGACAAGCUCCCUGCGUGCCUUCAGUGACUUGGGAAAUAAUUUAGAGGAGAGACAUACAAUUAUCGAAAUCGGAGAUGAGAUCAGACGGUCGCUAUCGAUGGAUCAUCCUGGUCACAACCGGGUUUCGAUAGCUGAUGUUCUCAACCAUGGCAACGAAGAGGAAGAAGAAUACUCAAUUGGAAAAAAUGACAGGAGAAAGGGGAUUUUGAAUAGUGUAAGGAGUCCUGUUGCAAUGAAGAGAUCGGUUUCGAGUGGUAGAUUUUUCCAAGCAAGGUCUGUUAUGGCCGGAAGAGGACGAAACUCUGUUAUUCCCCUCUGAAAAAUUAUUAUCAUUAUUUCUCAAGUAAAAAAGAAAAAAAAAAUCAUUGUCAAAAGAAUAGUGAGAUAUUUUGGUUUGAAAAAAAAACAUUAUAUUAUAUUUGUUAGUGAAUUUUUUUUUAUUAUCUCCAAGAGAAUGAGAAUAGUAUUUUUGUCAAAUUGAUGGAGGAUAAUUCAA